CUUGUUUUAUUUUUAUUUCCUGCUUGGUAUUGUUCACUUAGUGUUCAAACCUAUCCUCCCAUAACUCUAACUCUCAAUCAACUCCAUUCACUCUUGGUUGCCUAGUCACUUUACUUUGUACCACGAAACCAUUGGAAUUUGCUUACCAUUUUCCCUAAUCAUUGUGGACGAUGUCUGAGCCAAAAUACUUUGGAGUUCCUUCGUCUCUCAUGUCCUCCAGAAGGUCAUUGAGAAGAAAUUCCGCACCUACCAUUGAACCUCUUGACGAUAGCUACUUUAACCUGCCUGGCAAAUCCACCGAAUUUACUAGACCCUUCGAUCUUCGUCAAGCUUCUCCGUUUUCACCCGUUUCUCCUAUUUUGAACUCCCCUGCUACACUCUCACCUUCCUCCUCCACUUCCACUUCCGCCGCUCGCACGCACCAACACCGGCUCAAUGCUGCUCAGGAACAACGUACGUACCGUGACAGCUGCCAACGAUUAUUGUCUCACAUUACUGCCGUCAUGGGCGUGUGUGAUGACCUGCGAGAGAGACAAGCUUCCAUUCAUUAUCCUAUCUUGCCACGACCUAGCAACCGGCCCAUUCCUCAACGUGCUCAGACAUUGGCCCCUGCCAUGGCGGAUUAUCAUUUGGAAACAGCGUCUCAACCCGAAAUCGGUCACGCUUCAUCUGUUAUUGAAGCCGUUCGACGUUCGUCCACUCAGACUGCACUUGAAACCAAUAAUACGUUUGCUGUUGUGGAAAACAAUCGCCGCAUCAACAAUGAACUCACCAAAGAAUUCAAUAUUUUGAAUCUGGACUUGAAGAUUGGUCACUCCGCCGCCGAUAUCAGUACCUUGGAAACCAAAUCCAUCGCCACUCUGUUGGACGAUAAAUUGUUGCAAUGUACUCGCCAUCUUGAAAAAUUACAUCAUCGGGUCGCUGACACUUCAUCCAAGGUCCUGGUGACCGGCGAUUUGAAUUCCGGCAAAUCCACCUUUGUCAAUGCCCUGCUCAAGCGGGAAAUUCUUCCCAUCGACCAGCAGCCGUGCACGAGCAUUUUCUGUGAAGUGCUGGAUGCUACCCUGAAUGACGGUCUGGAGCAGGUGCAUGCUAUUCCUGAUGUGGAAAAGUACAACCGUCUGGAUCCGGAUACCUAUCACAUUAUCGAAAACCGUCAUCUUUACAAGGUGAUCACGGACGAAUACGAACAUUAUAAAAUGCUCAAAAUCUAUGCCAACGAUGCUCGCUCCGCUCAAGAAAGCUUGUUGCACAACGGUGUCGUCGACAUUGCCUUGAUCGAUUCUCCAGGUCUCAACACCGACUCGAUUAAAACCACAGCCGUGUUUGCUCGCCAAGAAGAAAUUGACGUCGUCGUGUUUGUUGUUAGCGCGGAAAAUCAUUUUACGCUUUCGGGUAAAGAAUUCCUGUGGAACGCCGCCAAUGAAAAAACCCACAUCUUUAUCGUCGUUAACCGAUUCGAUUCUAUUCGCGAUAAAGAACGUUGCAAACGUCUUAUUCUUGAACAAAUUCGCCAAUUGUCCCCCGCCACUUAUGCCGAUGCCGAUGACCUUGUUCAUUUUGUCAGUGCUGGUCAAGUCGAUCUUGAACUGGGUUCGCGCAAACUCGACGCUCCCGAAUUUGCUCGCUUGGAAGAGCGUUUACGUGCCUUUGUUCUUGGCAAUCGUACCAAGUCCAAGUUAUUGCCGGCCAAGAACUAUCUGGUCAACCUUUUGAAGGAUAUCAAUGUAUUGUCCGAAGUGAACCGAUCCAAGGCUGAACAAGAGUAUCAGGAGGCUUCGGAGGAAUUACAACGUGAUCUGCCCGUGUAUGAAAACCUGUUGCGUGUCCGUGAUCGCUUAUUGCAUCAAGUCGAAAAAGUGGCCGAAUCUACCGUCGCCGGUAUCCAGCGUCACGGCGUCGCCAAACUUAACACCGCCGUGGAGAACAUUGGAUCAGCCGUGAAUAAGAUUGAGUAUCCGGGUAUUUUCCUCAUCUGGCAGUAUGCUCAAGACAUUGCCGAUUCCAUGUCGCAGAAACUUGGACGUGAAGUGCGUCAAGGCGAAGGAUAUGCUCGUCAGGAAACCUCGCACUGUGUGGAACGUAUUCAUGAUAUGGGCGUGGAACAUCUCGGCAACUAUCCUCGUACCGCCGAUGUGGAAAAGAUGCUGCUAAAAACGCCUCGUCGUAUUACCAUCGAAGUGGAGAUGUCCGAUUUCUUCGACCUUAUCUUGGACGACAAGCUUUCGGGUUGUGCCUUGUCGGCUGGUGCAGUGGCCAUGGUCGGUAGCCGCAUGCUGUUUAUCAAGGAUGCGGUGUCCAGCGUGUGGAGCAUGACGAGUGUUUUGAAUGCGCAAAGCAUGCGUCGUCUUAUCGUGCCCAUUGUGAGCAUUGCUGGUGUCGGUGCGUUUGUGUACGUUGUGUCGGACAUGCGCUAUGCCGUGGAACGUAAACUGGUGCGCAAAUUCAAGGCGGCCGUGCGUGAUUCGGCGUAUGUGGAAAGUCAAGGUCAACGCUUGGCCCGUGAAUCUCGCAAGAUGUUGCGCGUCGAAGGAUGGGAAAUCCAAUCGAGACUGCAAAAAGCCAUUGAAAACAAGGAAGCGAAACGUUCUGAAAUGGAGAACAUGGCCCACUUAUCGCAAGAAUCCAUCGACUACUUUAAUAAGAUGUUGAAACAGUCGGGUCUUCUGUUGGACAAGGUCCACAGUGUGCAAAUUGACAGCGGCAUGGUGGCCGAGCCCUUGAAGCUUUGAGACUUUCUUUUUGCAAAGUUUCCUCUUAUAUCUCCAAUCUAGAUGUCCAGAUUAAAAAAAAAUGUCCCCUUUUUAUAUGUAUACACCUCUCCAUCCCCACAUCAUGGUGUGCUUCGUGGCGCGCUUUAUUUUAUUUUUCUAUGUUCUUUUAGCUAGAUAGAUCCGUAUUCUUGCUAUCCCAUCAUUUUCUUAUCCCACCAUUGCUUAUUUGUUUAUCCCAUUUAUCUAUUUUCUUUUUUAUAUUCUUGAUAAAGGAAAAAGUUUCCAUAAAUCAGGACUCACUUCUUGAUUAA